AAAACCCCUGCAAACUGACGUCUCUACCGUUAAAUCCGCCAUCCGUUCCCAGCUCACCACACGCCCUCGCAUCUCCAUGGACGUCCCCCAAACCGAACUCUACGCCCUCAUGGAAAACACCGUCCGUGACCACGAAGGCAACUCCACCCUCGUCAUUGGCCCGCGAGGAAGCGGCAAGACCGUUCUCAUCUCCCAGUGCCUCGCCCAGUUGGAAGCAAAUUACCACGGUGAAUAUCUCGUGAUUCGCCUCAAUUCCUUCAUCCACGCCGACGACGACCUGGCGCUCCGCGAAAUCGCCGCCCAGUUCGCACGAGGAUUGCGGCUGCAGGGGGUGGAAUCGGGCCCCAUUGAAACCAGACAAUUAACCACCACCUUCAGCAACAUCCUCCGUAUCCUCGAUAACCCCGAUGCCGACGACACCAUGUCCAUCAUCUUUGUCAUCGACGACCUCGAAACCUUCACCUCCGGCAACAAGCAGAUUCUCUUGUACAACCUAUUUGAACUCACCCAGUCUUCUCGCACUCCCAUUUGCAUCAUUGGCACCUCCACCAAAUUUACAACCCGUGAAUUGCUCGAGAAGCGGGUGCGGUCGCGGUUCUCUCAGCGGUUAGUGGUCAUCAACAAGUUCAGCCAAUUUGACCAGUUCUGCCAAAACUGCCUCAAUAACCUUAGGUUGGACCAGGACCAAAUUCUGACCCUCGAAAACCCUCAAUAUGGUCGACAGUGGAACUCACACAUCGAUGCUCUCGCCAGCACCGACUCGUGCUUACGAAGAGUGUUGAGCCUCAACUUCAACACCUCCAGAAACAUCAAAAUGUUUAACAACUCGGCCAUGUUGCCGGUGUCUCAAAUCUCCACCACCUCACCAUACCCAUUGGACUCCCAGUUCAUGGGCCUUAUCCACAACCAGAUCAAAAACCCCAUCGAGGCCAUGUUCAACGCCCUCUCGCCCCUCGAACUCCUCUUGGUGGUGGCAGCCGCUCGAUUUAUUGAAAAGUCCAGUUUGGUCACCGUCAACUUCAACAUCGCAUACCAAGAAUAUGCAGACAUGAUGAAACAGUAUAAUAUCGAUAAGCUGAUUGUGCGGUCGUCGUCUGUCACCACCCACAAUAUCCCCACCAACCUCAAGGUCAACGUCAAAGUGUGGGAUCCCACCGUGUUGAAAAACUGCUGGAUGUCGCUCUACAGGCACGGGCUUCUCAUCGACUAUACCCCCAACACGGCAGAAGGAGGAAAAUUCACCGCCACCUCCAACCGGUCGUUUGUGUUGGAAGACAGUCGAAUGCUCCAGCUUGAUCUUACUCUCGCCGAAAUCGGGCAACUUUUGCCUGAUGACAAUGGUUUCCGGGCCUUGACACGGCUCUGA